AUGAAUGUUCUAUUAUGUUACAUCAACACAUUAAACAGAUUCUAUGAUAUAUCGGCUGUGGAAGUAGGUCAACAUUUCUAUUGGCAAAUAGGGGAUUUUCAAGUGCAUGCUCAAGUACUUAUUACCUCUUGGGUUGUAAUUGCUAUCUUAUUAAUUUCAACCAUUCUAGUUGUUAGAAAUCCGCAAACUAUUCCCACGUCUGGUCAGAAUUUCUUUGAAUAUGUCCUUGAAUUCAUUCGAGACGUGAGCAAAACUCAGAUUGGAGAAGAAUAUGGUCCAUGGGUUCCGUUUAUUGGAACUCUGUUUCUAUUUAUUUUUGUUUCGAAUUGGUCAGGGGCCCUUUUGCCUUGGAAAAUUAUAAAGUUACCUCAUGGAGAGUUAGCUGCACCCACAAAUGAUAUAAAUACUACUGUUGCAUUAGCUUUACUUACGUCAGUAGCCUAUUUCUAUGCGGGUAUUUCAAAAAAAGGAUUGGCCUAUUUUGGUAAAUACAUCCAACCAACGCCAAUCCUUUUACCGAUUAACAUCUUAGAAGAUUUCACAAAACCCUUAUCACUUAGUUUUCAACUUUUCAGAAAUAUAUUAGCGGAUGAAUUAGUAGUUGUUGUUCUUGUUUCGUUAGUACCUUUAGUAGUUCCUAUCCUAGUUAUGUUCCUUGGAUUAUUUACAAGCGGUAUUCAAGCUCUUAUUUUCGCUACUUUAACUGCGGCUUAUAUAGGUGAAUCCAUGGAAGGGCAUCAUUGACUAGUUAUGAAAAUAGGAUUUUAGACCGCGACAAAGUAUGUAUGGCUCACGAUAAUCUACUUAAGGAACAGAAAGAUAAAAAUCCAAAGAAAUUUGGAAAAGUUUUCAUAACAAUCAAAAAGUAUAAAAAAAAUUAAAACAAUUACCAAGGAAUUAAACAAAAAAUAGAGAUUCAAUUCAAAAAAGGGUGAGGGGUCGAACUAGGCGUAUAUAUAAUCUAAUCGUUAUAAGACAACUGGGGGAUUUCCAAGAAUGAUUCUCGAAUAUGAUUGAAUCGAAGAUACAACGAAUUGGUUUACGGUAUGGAACAAACACAUGUAUAUGUCAUAGUAGAUAUUCAUUAGUUAUAGAUGACUAUCUAUCUAAAUUUGUCCUACUACUACUCUAAAUUUAGGUAGGGAUUCAAAAAUAAAAGACCACUUCCAUCUCUUGUAAUUGUGAAUUGAAUAUAAAAUGAAAUCAAAGAAAAAGGAAGGUUUAAAAUAAAUGCAAGAUAAGACCAAAAAUUGUCUGUAUUCACAAAAAACUACAAGGGUAGAAACGAAAAAAGUAAAUAUCGAAAUAAUUGAGAUAAUUCAAUCAAAAUUAUUCCGUUUGAAAUUUUGAAUUACACUUCGACUAGAGAAAGAUAACUAGAAAGAAUGAAAUAAUUAAGUCAUAUAUUUUUUGUUGAUUAUAUUAUUAACUAUUUCUUAAUUUUAUUUGGAAUAGGAGAAACUUAUCAUGAAUCCACUGAUUGUUGCUGCUUCUGUUAUCGCUGCUGGGUUGGCCGUCGGGCUUGCUUCUAUUGGACCUGGAGUUGGUCAAGGCACAGCUGCAUGGCAAGCUAUAGAGGGGAUUGUGAGACAACCGAAAGCAGAGGACAAAAUACGGGGUACUUUAUUACUUAGUUUGGCUUUUAUGGAAGCUUUAACUAUUUAUGGGUUGGUUGUAGCAUUAGCGCUUUUAUUUGCCAAUCCUUUUGUUUAAUAUUUAUAAAAAAAAUACAUAUUGUUUUUUUUCCAUGGAUUUUCGUUGCUGCUCUUGCUAAUUCGAUUUCGAUUUAACUCCUACAAUUUUUUUUCAUUCGGAUUAACAUAUGGAUUUGCCUUCUUCCGUCCCUUUCUUUAGUCCAAUGACCCCCUUUUUUAUUUAGAAAGUGUUUAAAACAACUAAGUAUUUACUUUUAAGAAGUAUAAUUCUUAUAGGGAAUCUUUCAAUUGACUAACCAAUUCAAAAUAUAUAAUAGUCUUCUUAGUAUAUUUGUAUUCUUACUACUAUUCAUUAUUAGUAAGAAUAAAAAUAGAAUAAGUCGAUAUAUUCAUAUUCAAUAAUUCAAUUAUAGAAUAAACUAUCAUAUACAAAAAUGAAUAAAAAAAACUUGGAAUCGUA